CACAGGCCGGUGGUUGGUGAAUGUCUGGCUGCGUUAGCGAGCUGCUUCCCAGUGGCCUUUCUAGAACCACAAUUUAAUUCAAAAAAUCCUCUCUCCAUAACCUACAAGAAAAGUGGCGAUUACAGUCUUGAGGCCCGAGAUAUCCUACAACAGCUUUCACAGUCCCUACCUCUACUGGAGGUGAUUUGUCAAGAGGUGAGUAACAUGGGAGAGUCUGGUCUAACAGGUGGAGGUGUGGAGGGCGGAGAGACUCCUUAUUUAAUCGAAGUAACAAUGCCUAUGCUCUGCUCCUACCUGCCCAACUGGUGGAGAAAAGGACCCGAAUGCUUGGCAUUGCCUGGCGGUUUAUCUGAGUCUACCGUUAAGAUGGGCAGAAGGGAGGUGUUGGCGGCUACUACUGCUGCAAAUAUCGUAACUGCGGCUGCGGAUCAGCACCAACAACAGCCAGCCACUGUAGAUACAGGUGGUGGCGGGGCCGGAGGAGUUGCUCCGGAGACUGCCGUUGGUCCUCUAACCACAGUGACUGCGGGAAUGAUGAAUCGAAUAUUAGGUAGUGUAUUACAGCUGAUCCAGAACAAUAUCGACGCUCCCAGAGCUCCUUGGAUGACUCGAAUAGCCAGUGAGCGACUUCAAAAUGGCAUGGAGCUCCUAAAUGCCUUUGGAAUCGCUAGGACAACGCCGAUUGUGGCCAAUGCUACUUCUGAUAUGCUCGGUCGUUACUUUUUGCCAGUCUCUGAGCGCCUUCUUGAGCAUGCCUUGAUCGCUGAACGUGUAGAAGAGGCCUACAAAAUGGAGAAGCGAAUUGGUUCGGAGACUGCGGGCGCUCGUGAGGAAGAGUUGUUGGGUCUUGUGGAGGUGCUGGUGCGCAAUUUAUUCGCCUUCUAUCCUCUUCUCAUCAAGUUUGUUGACCUACACCGCACAGCCUGGCUGAAACAUCCCACUGUGGAGACGGAGCGAUUAUUUGCAGCUGUGGCACACAUGUUCUUGAUCUGGGCUAGAUCGGCGAAAUUCAAGCGUGAAGAGGAGAACUUCGUACACGCAAAUGAGAUUGAUCAUCUAUCUUUGAUAAUGCCAAGUAAUGCGGCCAACGCCGGUGCAGCUGGCUCAAAUUCCACUCGAGUAAAUCAACGCGGUCUUGCCUUAGAUGCUUCGGCUGGACCUGGUGUAGUUCGAGGAAAACGAAAGAAAGGAACGCUUACUAGCCUCACUGUUGCCUGCAUCAAACGUCUCUUGCCGAUCGGUCUCAGUCAACUGGGAGGGAGGCAACAGGAGUUGGUGCAGCGGGCCAAAAGGCGUCUAAUUCAGGUAAGAUCUUCGCCGCCUUCUUAUACAUCAAAAUCCUAA